CCCAGCAAUUGGAUUGGGCAGCCUGUCUUGACACAGCUCUCUGCUGAGGGCUUGAGGACGUGUUUCAACAGAUGGUUGGGGUUAGUGUGUGUCAUCACAUUCGAGUGGGGAUUAAGAGAAGGAAGGCUGCCCUGCUGGAGCUGUGUGGUCUUCUCCAAGUGAGAGUUGCAGGCACAUUCAAGGACUUGGCUUUGGGGAAGAAGAGGAGAAAUUCAUUUGCAGCGGGCGCAAGAAAAGCGGUAUUUCCAGGUGCUGAGGGCCAGUUGCCAUCAGCCGGAGAAGGUGAAUCGGGCAAAUGACAUGAAGGUUCUUCAAGGCAGACUCAUUGCAGGGAAGCUUCAAAGCAUUCGUCAAUGCAACCGAUAUUCAUCGAGCAUUGCUACUUGCCAGGACUCCGUCUGCAGAUGUUCUGAAAACCUCUGAGUCUAGAAAUUGAUUAUUCAACCAGGAUACCUAAUUCAAGAACUCGAAGACAGACAUUUUGUCAGCUUCACAACAUUGGACCAAGUACAAUGAAGAGUGCUUGCUGGGCCCUGCUGCUGGCUAUUCUGGGCACUGAACUGCUGGGGAGCUUGUGUUCCACUGUGCGGUCCCAGAGGUUCAGAGGAAGGAUACAGCAAGAACGCAAGAACAUCCGACCCAACAUUAUCCUCGUACUCACCGAUGACCAGGACGUGGAGCUGGGUUCUCUGCAAGUCAUGAACAAAACGAGAAAGAUCAUGGAGCACGGCGGGGCCACCUUCACCAACGCCUUUGUGACCACACCCAUGUGCUGCCCGUCACGGUCGUCCAUGCUCACGGGGAAGUAUGUGCACAACCACAACGUCUACACGAACAAUGAGAACUGCUCUUCCCCCUCGUGGCAGGCGAUGCACGAGCCUCGGACCUUCGCUGUGUAUCUCAACAACACUGGCUACAGAACAGCCUUUUUUGGAAAAUACCUCAAUGAAUAUAACGGCAGCUACAUCCCUCCUGGGUGGCGAGAAUGGCUUGGAUUAAUCAAGAAUUCUCGUUUCUAUAAUUACACUGUUUGUCGCAACGGCAUCAAAGAAAAGCAUGGAUUUGAUUAUGCAAAGGACUACUUCACAGACUUAAUCACUAACGAGAGCAUUAAUUACUUCAAACUAUCUAAGAGAAUGUAUCCCCAUAGGCCCAUUAUGAUGGUGAUCAGCCACGCAGCACCCCACGGCCCUGAAGACUCCGCCCCACAGUUUUCAAAACUGUACCCCAAUGCCUCCCAACACAUAACUCCAAGCUAUAACUAUGCACCGAACAUGGACAAACACUGGAUCAUGCAGUACACAGGCCCCAUGCUGCCCAUCCACAUGGAGUUCACCAACGUCCUCCAGCGCAAACGACUGCAGACCCUGAUGUCAGUGGAUGACUCCGUAGAAAGGCUGUACAACAUGCUGGUGGAGACGGGAGAGCUGGACAACACCUACAUCAUCUACACGGCCGACCAUGGGUACCACAUCGGACAGUUCGGACUGGUCAAGGGGAAAUCCAUGCCGUAUGACUUUGACAUCCGUGUGCCUUUCUUUAUUCGUGGGCCAAGCAUAGAACCAGGGUCCAUAGUCCCACAGAUUGUUCUGAACAUCGAUCUCGCCCCUACCAUCCUGGAUAUCGCAGGGCUUGAGACUCCUCCUGACGUGGAUGGCAAGUCCGUCCUCAAACUUCUAGACCUGGAGAAGCCAGGUAACAGGUUUCGAACAAACAAGAAGGCCAAGAUUUGGCGUGAUACAUUCCUAGUGGAAAGAGGGAAAUUUUUACGAAAGAAGGAGGAAGCCAGCAAGAAUAUCCAACAGUCAAACCACUUGCCCAAAUAUGAGAGGGUCAAGGAACUGUGCCAGCAGGCCAGAUACCAGACAGCAUGUGAGCAGCCUGGGCAGAAGUGGCAAUGCAUCGAGGAUACAUCUGGCAAGCUUCGAAUCCACAAGUGUAAGGGACCCAGCGACCUGCUCACCGUCCGUCAGAGCACGCGCAACCUCUACUCUCGCGGCUUGCACGACAAAGACAAAGAGUGCCAUUGUAGGGAAUCUGGUUAUCGAUCCAGCAGAAGCCAGAGAAAGAAUCAAAGGCAGUUCCUGAGGAACCAAGGAACACCAAAAUAUAAGCCCAGAUUUGUGCACACACGGCAGACUCGGUCCCUGUCUGUCGAAUUUGAAGGCGAAAUAUACGACAUAAAUCUGGAAGAAGAAGAACUGCAAGUGUUACCCCCGAGGAGCAUUGCUAAGCGCCACGAUGAGGGCCACCAGGGGCUGGGAGGCCCUCAGGCUGCUGCUGGUGAUGUCAGGAAUGAGAUGCUGGCCCAUAGCAACGACGCGGUGGGGCUGCCCACCACUGUCCGUGUGACACACAAAUGCUUCAUCCUUUCAAAUGACACAAUCCAUUGUGAGAGAGAGCUGUACCAGUCGGCCAGAGCGUGGAAGGACCAUAAGGCCUACAUCGAUAAAGAGAUUGAAGUUCUGCAAGAUAAAAUUAAGAAUUUAAGAGAAGUGAGGGGACACCUAAAGAAAAGGAAGCCGGAGGAAUGUAGCUGCGGUAAGCAGAGCUAUUACAACAAGGAGAAAGGUGUGAAAAGGCAAGAGAAGUUAAAAAAUCAUCUUCACCCUUUCAAGGAGGCUGCUGCCCAGGAGGUGGACAGCAAACUGCAGCUCUUCAAGGAGAACCGCCGGAGGAAGAAGGCGAGGAAGGAGAAGAAACGCCAGAGAAAGGGGGAGGAGUGCAGCCUGCCUGGGCUCACCUGCUUCACACAUGACAACAACCACUGGCAGACCGCCCCCUUCUGGAACCUGGGAUCUUUCUGCGCUUGCACGAGCUCUAACAAUAACACAUACUGGUGUUUGCGUACAGUUAAUGAGACGCACAAUUUUCUCUUUUGUGAGUUUGCUACCGGCUUUCUGGAGUAUUUUGACAUGAAUACAGAUCCUUAUCAGCUCACGAAUACAGUGCACACCGUGGAACGGGGCAUUUUGAACCAGCUACACAUACAGUUAAUGGAGCUCCGAAGCUGUCAAGGGUAUAAACAGUGCAACCCCAGACCCAAGAGCCUUGACAUCGAGGACAAUUAUGGGAUGGAUGGGAAGGUUAGUCAGUCCAGCAUUGCUUCAGACACCAACUGGCAAGGCCUGGAGGAGUUAUCCGGUGUGGAUGACGACACCAAUGAGUACAGACAUAACCCUAGACUCAGUCUGGAGGACUGGACUAGUUACCUGAAGGCUGUAGACACAACAUUUGCACCGUUGAACCCUCACUCCAAGCAAAACAAAGCAAAUGGGACUCCAGCUGCUCAAAGCAGUGGUUUCUCAGUCACCUCUGUUGAGCUCUUGGUGUCAGCAGAGAUGGCCUCUGCAGAGUCAGGUGAAGACCCAAGUCACAUGGUUGGGGAAGCACCUCCCUUGACCUUGCCAGUCAACCUCCAAAUCCUGCAUUUGAACAGAUCAACUUUAAGUCCAGAGAGAAGACUUGAAUGGAAUAAUGACAUUCCAGAAGUGAAUCAUUUGAAUUCUGAACACUGGAGAACAAGUAGAACUGAAAAAGCGAUGGGAUGGGAAGAGAUCCACUAUCCUGAAGGUGACAUCAGUGGCAAUGCCAUGACAGAGCUGGUGUCCCGGUCUCAUCGCAGGCUGCAGCCCUUCAGCUGGCAUCAACGAGAACGUCCCCGGGAUGUGGAGCCGGAAGAGGACGCUUUUGAAGAUCAGUGGCAUCUUCGUGUUCCUUCUGACAGAGCUAACAUCCAUCGAGUGUCCAGUGUGUCCAGUGUGGAACAGCCUGUCCAUUCCAGCCACACAGAGAGAACACUGACCAAGAUGCAGAAGAAUGGCACAAAGGAGUGGGUGCCAAACCUAGAAGGCAGUGCCUCCUCCCCACUCCCCUCUGAUUAGAUGAAAUGUUGCCCAAACCUUUCUAUGUUUUUAUUAGUAAACUAGUGGUGGUAAUCGUAACUGCCAGCAUUUGGGGCUCCCCGGGGUGCACGUGUGCAGCAGAAGUUUGUGGGAUACGUGUGGGAAAUGCUCACACAUGGACUCCCUGGAACUCACGGUUUUCCCAAAACGAGAAAGGGGGGGGGCAUUUUCUGUUUUGUUGCUUUGUUUUUGGUACUAAAACAGUAUUAUCUUUUGAAUAUUGUAGGGACUUGCGUAUAUAAAGUCUAUCCAGUCGAAAUGGCUAGGAUUGUGCCUUUGUAAGUUUGGAAAGCUUGACACCCUUGGUGAGUCUGUCAACACGCCUUCCCUGCCUGCAUGAUGAAGUUUGGAUUCGUUUCUAACCACUGGAAUUUUUCGACAUCAUCAUCUUUGGUUCAAUGAUUUUUUGCACUUUGAGUUUGGAAUACUGUGUCUGCUUGGAUGAUAGUGUUAUUUUUUUGUUUUUUUUUUGUUUUUUGUUUUUUGUUUUUUUUAGUGGGCUUAUCAGAAUCACACUAUUUGUCCUACUGUAGGACAAAGGAAUAGACCCCCGGCAAUGACACACAGUAUGGAUCACAUAUUGUUUAAUGUAUGCUUUUUUUGAGAAAACACUGCAUGUAUUUUAUACCUCGACGCGCUAAGAUUGAUUAGCAGAAAGGCAUGACUCACGAUAUUGGUGGUUAAAAAAUAAAAUAAGUGAAAAAGUAAUAAACAAGACAAAAAUUACCUGCUCUCUCUUUGUGCUUACUAUAUGCUCAAUACGACUAAAUUUUGAAAGAAGGGACAGGGCAAAGACCAUUUUAUUUUAAUUUUCUUUCUUGGAUUGGUUAAUAAGCUUAUGCAUUGGGGAAAUGUGUGUAGUUUUGACUUUCUGCAAGACAGUUUUACUAAACUGAAAUCAUGAAUGUUAUAACACUUAAACCCAUCAUAGGGAAGGUUUGCUUUAUGAACAUUGCGGUAUGUGAAUAUUUUUAAAACUGUCAGCAAACUCUGGUUUUCCCAAAAGACAUAGUUCAAAACUGGUUUUGAAAAUCUGUACUCUGGAUAUCAUCCUGUUUCUCUUGGACUUUUAGAGACCAGUCGCAGGAUUACCUCAUCUCAUUGUCCUCUUCUACUUCCCAGGGUCUUCUUGUUGUUGCUGUUGUUUAGCUUGACAGUGUUUUUUUUUUUUUUUAACUUUUCAAUAAUUCAAACAUGGAGAUACAUUGUAUUCUCCUUAAGUGUUUGUGGUAAACACUUUUCAAGAAAAUUUCGUGUGGCAUAAUUGAAUCCUUGGUUAUUUUAAGUCUUCAUCAUAGUCUGUGCAUAGACUAAACUUAACUAGCUGUUUAUCAGAUGUGGCUGGCAGCUGCCGAAUGAAAGAAUAAACAUAUUUAUGGUCCUGGAUGAUGUGCUUUGUAAAGAGAUUUCAAGAUAUUAAGAAGCAUACUAUGUUUUUUGAAAAUCCUAUA